UUAAAGACAGCAAAGCAAUAUUAAAUCGUUAUACUGCUCAUAUUGAGUUUACAAAUUGGUUUAUUGAAAAACUAGAAAAUCACAAAGCUACUCCUAAGGCUUAUCUUGAGAAUUGGCGACUUUUUCAAAUUUGGAUAGUUGAUCCAAAAUUAAACAUUCAAAUUAAAUGUUUAGUAAACUUUGCUGAACACUUUUAUGAACCUCUAGUUCAGCAUGCUCAUAAGAUGCCAGAUAAAAUCUUUGAAUAG